UAGAGCAAUGUCUACCUUUCUUAACUAUCUCUUUACUACUAGCUCUGGGAAAUUCAAAUUUCUUAAUAGAUUCGUUAUUUUUACGACAAAGUAUUUUGAUCCUUUAUCAAAAUGGAAUGUGAAUUAAGUAUAGAGAACAUGCUUGAAAGUCAAUGUGAAAUACUUGAUCGGCUUCAAAUGGAAACAACAUUUAUAAAGAGUAGAAACAAUUUAAAGGAGAUUCUCAUGUUUAUUCGAGAUUCUAUUCUUAAUAUUUCAAGCGGAGUUUGUAUUUUAAGAAAGUAUUUAGACCGAUUAAAGGAAAACAAUAAUUCUUCUCAGAAGAUGUUAUUAUUGUAUCAACAUUUGAAUGAAAAAAUAUUAGACAUGUAUAAAAAUAUCCCAGAAGAAUUGCUAACAGCAUAUGCAAAUAAUAACAAGAGCGAGUCAAUGCAAUCUAUUUCUAACGUAUGUUCUGUCACUAACUCUUCACAUAUACCAAUUGCUGAUAAAGACAAGCAGAAAAAUGUAGCUGUUAAUGAUAUGGCAGAUGUUCAAGCAUCUACUAUUAAGGAUUGUAAAAAGGCACUUUUUAAUGAACCAGAAUAUCCAAAAAUAUCUUUGAUGAAAGAGGAAGAGUUCGAUCAACUACCCAAAUAUAUGAUUGGAAGGCAAUCUUUGCAAAUGAUUAAUGGUUUAAUUAAUUCUAUCAAUCUAGUAUUAAAAGCAAAAUAUUCUUUGUUGUCUGCUGGAAAGGUAGUCGCUAGAAAAAAAGGCGAUCUUGAUCUGUAUUUAUAUUAUAAAAAACAAGAUAUUAUCUGCGAAGGCAAUGAAUGUAAAUAUUUCUUCACUGCAGAAGAUUAUGAAAGAUAUGUGAAAGUUAAAUUAGAUAGGUUAGCAUUAAAGCUGAUGAUGGCAUUGCGCCAUUGUAAACGAAUACGUGAAUACAGAUUGAAAAAGGAGUUGUAUUAUAUUGUCUUGAAUUAACAUUUUCAUUUUCACUGUUA